AAUAAUAAUCUGUUAUGGGUAGGGGGAAUGCAUGUAAGAGAAGCUGGUAGAAGCUUGAGGGGUAUAAGUAUGAGUGCAUGGCCUUAACAAGAGGCAUCCAGAAAUUGAGUAGCUAUUUUGGAGAGCACCUUCCUCUCGAAAGAAGGCCCGUUGUAUUGUUGGUUACUCCGAUCAAUCAAUACACCAUUUUAGCUGCUCAAAUUACUUGCAUUAUUCCUAUAAUACAUAACAACAAACUCAAAUCCUAGCAAGGAGCAAUUUGUGACUUAGAAGGAAUUCAUGAGAAUUGUUUUCAUUGAUUUGAUAGUGGUGCAAAUUUCUGAAGGAAAUUUACAAAUGAAAUUGUGUCCUAGAGAGGUUGAGAAACUAGCUCUUCAUAAUGCUGGUUUCCUUGCGCAAAAGCGUCUUGCUAGUGGUCUUAGGCUCAAUUAUACUGAAGCUGUGGCUGUCAUAGCAACUCAGAUUUUAAGUUUUGUUCGUGUUGGAAACAAGAGUGUGGCAGAACUUAUGGACAUCGGGAAGCAGCUUCUUGGAAGGCGACAGGUCCUUCCAGCUGUUGUUCACAUUUUACAUACUGUCCAGGUUGAAGGGACCUUCCCAGAUGGGACUAAGUUGAUCACCGUCCAUGAUCCUAUUGCUAGUGAAAACGGGAACUUAGAGUUAGCGCUUGAUGGUUCCUUUCUUCCAGUUCCAUCAUUAGACAAAUUCCCGGAGUUGGAAGACGAUAUUGUACCCGGUGAGCUAAGGCCUGGGGUUGGAGACAUCUCCCUGAACAAUGGAAGGAGAGCAGUAAUCCUCAAAGUUGUUAACCACGGAGAUAGACCGGUUCAGGUUGGCAGUCACUAUCAUUUCAUCGAGGUGAAUCCUUCCUUAAUAUUUGAUCGAAGAAAAGCUUAUGGCAUGCGAUUGAAUAUACCUGCCGGAACAGCAAUACGAUUUGAGCCAGGGGAUCCAAAAAGUGUCACUCUUGUAAGUAUUGGAGGCAAAAGGUGCAUUAGAGGGGGGAACAACAUUGCUGAUGGUCCAGUUGAUGAUGCCAAAAUUAAAACUAUAAUGGACACUAUACAUUAUAGAGGAUUUGGACAUUCAGAUGAAGAUAAUGCCAGUGGAGGAGUCACCGGAGAAUCGAAUUUCGCUAAAAUUAUGUCUCGUGAGGCUUAUGCAAACAUGUAUGGCCCUACAACUGGUGAUAUCCGGCUUGGUGACACUGAUUUGUUUGCAGAAAUAGAAAGGGAUUUUGCAGUUUAUGGUGAUGAAUGUGUUUUUGGAGGUGGGAAAGUUCUAAGAGAUGGAAUGGGUCAGGCUUCUGGGUACCCAUCAGCUGUCUGUCUGGACACUGUUAUCACUAAUGCCACGAUCAUUGAUUAUACCGGAAUAUUUAAGGCAGAUAUUGGUAUUAAGGGUGGUAACAUUAUUGCCCUUGGAAAAGCGGGUAAUCCAGAUACAAUGGAUGGUGUAUCAGCCAACAUGAUCAUUGGGGUCAAUACUGAGGUGAUUGCUGGAGAAGGAAUGAUUGUUACAGCAGGGGCUAUAGACUGCCAUGUGCACUUCAUAUGUCCUCAAUUGGCUUCUGAAGCAAUAUCCAGUGGAAUUACUACUUUGGUAGGAGGUGGAACUGGACCUUCUUCUGGGACACGCGCAACUACCUGCACACCUGCACCUUCACACAUGAAAUUUAUGUUGAAAUCUACUGAUGAUAUUCCAUUGAACUUUGGUUUCACUGGUAAGGGGAAUAGCUCUAAGCCAGAAGGACUUCCUGAAAUCAUAGUUGCUGGAGCAAUGGGACUGAAGCUUCAUGAGGAUUGGGGAACGACCCCUGCUGCAAUAGAUAGUUGUCUUAAUGUUGCAGAAGAAUAUGAUAUUCAGGUCAAUAUCCACACGGACACAUUGAAUGAAUCUGGAUUUGUUGAACACACAAUUGAUGCAUUUAAAGGAAGAACGAUUCAUACAUACCACAGUGAAGGUGCAGGUGGUGGUCAUGCUCCUGAUAUAAUCAAAGUCUGCGGAGUUAAAAAUGUUCUUCCGUCUUCAACUAAUCCUACUAAACCUUUCACUUCGAAUACAGUAGAUAAGCACCUUGAUAUGCUGAUGGUCUGCCAUCACCUCGACAAGGACAUUCCAGAAGAUGUGCAUUUUGCUGAAUCACGAAUCCGUGCUGAAACAAUAGCUGCAGAAGAUAUUCUGCAUGACAUUGGUGCCAUUAGUAUCAUAUCUUCUGACUCACAGGCUAUGGGUCGCAUUGGAGAGGUUAUAUGUAGGACUUGGCAAACUGCACACAAGAUGAAAUUACAGAGAGGGCCACUGCCGCCAAGUGAAACUGACAAUGAUAAUUUCAGAAUUAAACGUUACAUAGCAAAAUACACUAUUAAUCCUGCCAUAGCCAAUGGGUUUUCUAAGUAUGUUGGAUCAGUUGAGGUUGGGAAGUUGGCUGAUCUUGUUUUGUGGGAUCCUGCUUUCUUUGGGGCAAAACCAGAAAUAAUCAUUAAAGGUGGUGAAAUUGCAUGGGCUAAUAUGGGUGAUGCUAAUGCUAGCAUACCAACACCAGAGCCGGUGAUCAUGCGGCCUAUGUUUGGAGCUUUCGGAAAAGCUGGAAGUGCUAAUUCGAUCGCUUUUGUCAGCAAGGCAGCUCUAGACAGGGGAGUGAAGGAACUGUACGGGCUUGACAAAAGGGUAGAAGCAGUGGGUGGCGUAAGGAAUGUUACCAAAGAAGACAUGAAACUCAAUAAUUCCCUGCCAAAGAUCACGGUUGACCCUGAUACUUACACAGUUACUGCUGAUGGCGAGGUGCUCACAUGUUCUCCAGCAACAGCUAUUCCAUUGUCACGAAAUUACUUUCUAUUUUAGGCUUUUAUUGGUCGAAAACUCCGCGAAAGAGGCCUGUGAAGAAAUGGAGAAGUUUUUAUGAUUGCAGACAGACUACAAGGCACAUCUGGUUUAGGAAGAAUAAUCAACCAAUCCCGGGAGAGAGUGACACAAUUAUUUAUUCCUGACGACGUUUAAUGAAAAAAAUCAAUAAAUUCAAACUGAAAAAACAGAAUAAUAGAAGAGUGUUGGCUAGUGAUUCUACCAAAAUGACCCUGAUAGUUCAUACACCAUAGAUUACUUUUCUGGUCAAUUGGGUGCUCUUCAUUCACUUUUCUUUUUAUUUGCCUGUACAGUUGUACUGAAUUCUUUCGGAGGCGGGGGUUAGGGGGGAUUACCCUAUUUGAAUAAGCCACGAAUAUGUAGUACUAGGAUCUUUUGUCAAAUGCAAUGUAUAUGAAGUAUAGAAUUUGAUGAGUUUUGUAAGAUUUAUUCAUACACUAAGAGUCUCUUGGACUUGAUCUUCGGUAUCUCCACUAACAUCGGUCAAGCUCAAGACACUUCUAUUGAUUCAUCCAUUGUUCAGGUUGGUAUCAUGCUGUAGUCAUAGGAUUUGGACUCAUUUGUGAGUAUAAGACAAGUACCAGUUAUCUUGGCUCUUAA